AUGAUGCUCGGUACUAAAACUCAGCAGAGGAGUCUCAAUCAUAUGGGCAACACCGUGGAUAAAGUACGCUGGGCUGCCGAGCGUCAACACAGCUUAAUAUCAUUCAUAAGGCUUUGGCUUCUCAGCAUUAGUGUCGUCGUCAUAUUUAAAAACUCGAUAUCAGUGCUUAUAUCUAAUAUCUACCAUUCUAGGAGCAUGGUGAGACGAUUUCCAUAUAUAAUAACAACAGGAAUGUUCUUCAUGUCGAUCAGUAGCCAUAUCCUGCGUUUUCCACAUUUAACCACAAUCAAUGUGCAUGAGCAGGAAGUUCGACGGUUUGUAAAUGUUGCGCUGCCCGUGAUACCUCACGUCUUCGGACGGAAGCUUAUCGUUGCAUGCCAUGAGAUGGCACAUAGAGGAUGCACACAGACGUAUAACUUACUUCGGCAUAGGGCCCAAUCGUCCGGGAUGAGAAGUGGGUAA